AUGCAGGCCCUCCAGAACAUCCUCCACCGCUCCAGGGAACACUCCGCCGGCCAGCCCUCCGAGCCCCCGCCGAAGACACUCAAGCCACCGAUGCCCGCCUACGCCCUCGCCGCCGAAGCCUCCUCAGACGCCUCCUCCUCCUCCUCCUCCCACAAUACCCUCCACGCCGUCAAGGUCGUCUGCCGCCUCAGACCCCGUCUGCCCGACGAAUCCACCGCCGACCAGUCCGUCGUCCAGGUCCUCAACAACACCCAGAUCAGGAUCACCGACCCUCUGAAACAUCUCGUCAACCGCUUCGAUUUCUCCGCUUGUUACGACGAAAAGAGCGGCCAACAUGACAUUUACGCCGGCCAAGUACAGGACAUGGUCAACAAAAUCUUCGAGGGCAUAACUGCGACAAUCUUCACUUUCGGAUGCACGGGAUCGGGGAAGACACACACACUGCAGGGCUCGGCGAGCGACCCGGGGAUCACGCCACGCGCGGUGCGGACGAUCUUCGAGCGGGUGGAAGCGCUGAAGACGAGUGCGGGGAGCGGGACGGGGAGCUACCAGGUCUCGAUCUCGUGCUUCGAGAUCUGGAAGGACAAGGUCUGGGACCUGCUGGUCCAGGGCGGCACGGCGACGACCCGGGAUGUCGGCCGGGGAGACCUGCCGAUCCGCGAAGCCGCCAACGGCCAGAUCUUCAUCCCCCAUCUCCGCCACGUCACCAUCAAGAGCAUCCCCCAGUUCGAGAAACUCUACGCCCAGGUCAUGCGCUUCCGCUCCGUCUCCAGCACCAAACUCAACCACACCUCCUCCCGCUCCCACGCCAUCCUCUCCAUCCAUGUCGACCAUCUCCCCCCCGACGGCGCCCCCCCAACCCAUCUCGGUAAAUGCGUCCUCAUCGACUUGGCCGGCAGCGAAAACAACAAGAAAACGGGCAACGAAAACAACAAAGAGCGCAUGAAGGAAUCCGUGGAGAUCAACCAGAGCUUACUGGCCCUGCGCAAGGUCGUCCGGUCCCUGAACACGGGCGACCAUCGGAUUCCGUAUCGGGAUUCCAAGCUAACGAGGAUCCUGAGCGAUAGUCUGGGAGGCACGUCUGCCGGCCUAGUGAUCUGCAACAUCGCCCCGGUGGCCUCACAGUACCGAGACACGAUCAACACCUUGACCUUUGGCAGCCACUCGCGAAACGUGGAGAAUAAAGUGGCCCACCAGGCGCUUGAAGCCCUAGACCGGAAGUUCCUGCUGCCCUCGAUCUCGCUCUACCAACACCACUCGAAAUCCGUCCCGAGUCUAUCGUCCACGCAGCCGGGCACGACGGAGCCGAUCCGGAGCCCGAUCAAGCUGACAUGGGCGCGGCGGCCGUCGGUGGAUGCGUUUUCGAAGCUGCCGUUCCCGCACACGCCCUCGAAGCCUUCCUCGAAGACGCCGAGCGGGAAUGCGGGGGUUGGGGCGGUGAACAGUCUGAGCGUGCGGACGCGCAAGCUGUCCGGCUGCUUCGCCUCGCCCGCCAAGCCCGCCUCCACCCCGCGCAAACUUAGCUUCAGACCCGCCCAGCCGCCCGGCCUCCCCGCCCACUCGCCCCCCGCCGCCGCGUCGACGCCUGAGCGCGCCCUCCUGCUCGACGCCGACCUCGACAAACGCGUCGAGGAAGCCAUGCGGAAGAACCUCGACUCGAUCGUCCAGAGCCGCGUCGACAUCCUCCUCCAAGCAAAGCUCAACGAGACGAGUCUGGCCUCCGCUCGCCCGCUCCUCGACGCUUCCACCCUCUGCGACAGCCCGGGCCCCGCCGCCGGCUCGCCGACGACAACCCUCCAAGGCCCCCAUCCGCCCUACCACAAGCCCGAGGAUGGCGACGGCCUGGAAGAGCGGAUCUGCCAUCUCGAGCAACAGUUGCAGCGUGAGCAUCAGCAACUUACUCCAGUCCGUCUCCACCUCUUCCCGCCCGAAAUCCGAAACCAAAAUCCCGCGCCCGUCGGUCCAGUAGCCCGUCGUGUCCCCGGCCCCUUCUUCCCGGCCCCCGGCUUGGUCGAGGCGUGCUGA